UUCAAGGCCUUGUUUAAGUCCCUGUCUCCUCCAGCAUCUUAGAAAUCACUUAAUCUUUCUGAGCCUUUGCUCAGAAGUAUACGUGGUAAUUCUCUGUCCAGGGGCAAGUUCUGUCAGGGAAGCAGGGUGGAGGCGGCAGCACGGGAGUGGUGCGGCUGCAGUAGCAGUCACCUACCUAUCCCUCAGCUAAUUCAGCCUACACCCCAGUAUGGGGGUACGGUUGAGAAGAAAGGGAGUGUAGGAGGGGGUUACCACAAUUACGGGACCCGGGAGUGUGGGGGUGGCCCAAAGGCAGACUGCAGCGUGGUAGGGCAUGUUGGGCACGAACCUCGAGGCACCAGGACAGCAAAAAUGGGGGGAAGCCCAAGUUUGCCCCAGGGAGCCGAAUAGUUUCGCCCCGGCUGAGAUAUGGGUGUGGUCCAAUCUCCCCUAUCGGGAUGAGCUUUGAGACCAGGGAUCAAAUCUCUUCUUCCACCUUGUCUUCCUCCCUCGAAAGUCUCAUCUUCCUCUUUUUCCCUCUCUCACCCUCACCCCUACCCCAGAGUAUGGUGCAACGAGUGAGGACUUGUGCGAACAACCGGAGAGUGUGUCCCCUGCCUGGGUGUCCGGAGCCUGGCUGUCCAGUAAUGGGAGUGAUGGAGGUGGGGAUCUUUGCAGAAGGCGGCAACCAAUUGGGAUCAAAGUCUUGAGCACCUGCACUGUUCCUAGUAACGACAGCCACGCCCUUGGCCCCUCCUAGAAGUGGUAGGAAAGACAAGCUCCGCAGGAUCAAAGUCCUGCUCGGGUCUUUGGAAGGUUUGGAGAGUGGGGUGGAAAGGUGGGACGGAAACCUGGGGUCCUUUCCCCUCUCUGGGGAGAGUGUGAAUUAUGAUAAUAAGCCGAGAGGUAGGCUAAGCACGUGUUUCUGAAAGUCAACCCAUCCUCCGGGAGGGGCGUGCGUAAAUUAUGCUAAUAAGGGCACCCGAUGCUGCUGCUGAGAUUCUGCUGGGAGUACCAGUCCCGGGCAGACGUUAGGAAGUCGGAGAAGUCCCUCUCCCGGCUUCAAGAAACAGACAGGGCCAGGGAGCCGAUUGGCCUGGAGGACAGUGACGUCAGGAGUUCAGCGCGCGAAACCGCGGAGGGAUUGAGGGGGUGAGAAAAAUGAGGGCGGGGCCUCGCUUCCUGCCCCAUCCGCUGCAGCGGUAGCGGCACAGAAGGCAGCGGGGACUGGCAGGCCGGCUGAAGGGUCAAAGGAGAUUUAAGAGAGCCCCACCACAAUCCGGUACCCCCAGCCGCGCUCUGGUUCACUGCAUCCCAGCCAGCGGAAUUCUCUUCCCCAGAUCCGGGCUCGCUGCCACUACGGUGGGGACGCCCCCAGUCUCUUCGCGAGAGGAAAGACGCGCGUGCGCAGCACGAGAAGGGAGUGGGCUAGAGUCGGAGACCCCCAGGCCUGGGGGCGGGACGCGUGCGCAGACCGAGGGGCUGGGGGAGGGGGGCGAGCCGCUGGGGGCCCCCGGUGCUGCUGAGAGCGCGCCCCCCUGCCCCGCCUCCGUACUAGCCCCCGCGCUCGGACCGGGUCAGGCCGGGCCAUGGCGUUCCUCUCGGGCCCGCGGCUGCUGGACUGGGCCAGCUCGCCCCCACACCUGCAAUUCAACAAGUUCGUCCUGACGGGCUACCGGCCGGCCAGCAGCGGCUCUGGUUGCCUGCGCAGCCUCUUCUACCUGCACAACGAGUUAGGCAACAUCUACACCCACGGCUUGGCCCUCCUGGGUUUCCUGGUGCUGCUGCCCCUGACCAUGCCCUGGGGACAGCUGGGAGGGGGCGGCUGGCUGGGGGGAACACACUGUGUGGCCUGCCUGGCGCCCCCUGCAGGUUCUGUGCUCUACCACCUCUUCAUGUGCCACCGUGGGGGUAGCCCCGUCUACGCCCGGCUCCUUGCCCUCGACAUGUGUGGAGUCUGCCUCGUCAACACCCUCGGGGCCCUGCCCAUCAUCCAUUGUACUCUGGCAUGUCGACCUUGGCUGCGUCCAGCAGCCCUGGUGGGCUAUACUCUCAUAUCUGGGUUGGCAGGCUGGCGAGCCCUCACUGCCCCCUCAACUAGUGCCCGGCUUCGGGCCUUUGGCUGGCAGGCAGGAGCACGACUGCUGGUGUUUGGGGCUCGAGGAUUGGGACUGGGAGCAGGAGCCCCAGGAUCCCUGCCUUGCUAUCUUCGAAUGGACGCAUUAGCAUUGCUGGGGGGGUUAGUGAAUGUGGCCCGGCUGCCUGAACGCUGGGGGCCUGGUCGCUUUGACUACUGGGGUAAUUCCCAUCAAAUCAUGCAUCUGCUCAGUGUUGGUUCCAUCCUACAACUGCAUGCUGGUGUUGUACCUGAUCUGCUCUGGGCUGCCCGCCAUGCGUGUCCCACGGACUGAGCUGUUUUUUUAUUCUGCAAAGAAAUAACCCCAUUCCUUGAAGCUGUAGAAGCUUCCUUUUUUUCCCUUCAAGGCACCCCAAAACCUAUAGCCUUUUUUUUCCUAGGUCUCCCCUUUCCAGUCUAUAAGGCUUUCUCAUGUUGCCUAAUCACGAGCUCUUCUCUAGAGUACCAAAGGCUCACAUUUGAGCUCCCUAAAUUUGUAUUCUUCCUUCCUCAGGAUUGUAGAGGGCUGUCCUUACAUUUUUCAUCUAUUUCUCCAGAAUAUGUGCUCACAGCCCAUCAUGUUUUCUAGAGUCAUUUCUGUGGUGAGGGCUCACCCCAAAAGGUGACUGAAUGACUGACAGCAUCAGGAAUUAUAGUCCUCCUCCACUCUGCUAUCCUGUACUGUGACCUUAAACAAGUCAUAGAACUUCGGGUCCUUUAUCUGUAAAAUGAGGGGUGAGCUAUAGAAGUUUGACAAUUCUGAAACUAAGAUUUCAUCUAGGUUUCCAACUCUGGAUGUUUGCACAUAUGCCACCUCUUCUCAGAGCCAGUAGUCAGUAACCUUACCUAUUAUCUAAACCCCUUUUGUUCUUCACUAAAUUGAUUGGGGAGCAAUGAGGGACUCUCCAGCUCCUCCAGUAUCUGGUGGCCUUAAGCACCACCUCAGAAAGCAUUUGCACAACUAAACUCCCCUUCCUUGGCAUGCUAGCCCCUUCCUUAUAUUUAACUUUGUACAAGCUCCACCUCUGAGGUUCUUCCCUCCCCUCUCUCUCCCUAAAACCUCCCAAACCCCUCCCCCCAUGGAUUUAAAGAUACCAAACACCAAGACGUCUGCUUCUUGCACAAGGCCUCUUUGCACAAGGAUUGGGCCAGGGUGGUCCCUGCAGAAGAAAAUUCAGCUUCUCACAAAGACUAUAACAACAUGUCCAAACUAGGGCAAAAGACUAGUUCUCUGGUCCAAGAAUACAGGCUUUUCUACUUUGUAUAAGGUGGAUCCAGAGAGUUUUUAAAUGCCCAAGCAAACUUUAAGCCUCACCUGUGGACUGAAACUGCCCAGGUCUAAACUCCUGCACUUUUUGCCUGAGGAUGGUGCUCUUUCUUUGAAUGUUGGACUUGUAAGACUUGGAAACCUCUCCAUUUCUGACAUGACAACGCAACUCCAAUCACCAGUCUUCUUGUAUGAGGACUCUGGCCUUUUUGGCACAAGAAUGUCUCCCACCUUAGACCCUAUCUUUAGGCUUGGUAGAACCAAGGAUAAAAUCAAUAAAUGGAGCAGGAUGA